AUUGAGAUUUGUUUGAUAAUUAUGAUUAUUGCGUGUGUUGAUUAUGGUUAUGUGUGAAGCAGACAUUUAUCUGAAAGGAGCAGACUCGCCCUGUAUCAAAACCAAAAGUUUCAUAAGCGCUGCGAUAAUGUGACGAGAACCUUUUGCAUGAAACUUUGUUUAUUUAUUAUUUUUCUUUAUAAGUCAAAAGGCAUGCAGAUGUACAAUGGAGCAAAUGCUCUAGUAAAGCCCUCGAAUGAUGAUAAACGAAUAAGCAACAUGCUGAGACAUUGGGUGAGAAAGAAAUGCCUCAUUCUUUCUUCAAAAUGUGGUGAAGGAGGCAUAUGUGCAAUUUAUUAAAAGGUUACAUUUGUUUCAAUGAUAUGUACAUCACUAAAUCACACAAUAUUUGCAGGUUUUGUAGUCAAAAAGUUCCUUCAACCCCUGGAAGCCGUUAUGUUAAACCGUUAUCUGGCAUAAAAGAAUACCUGGUGCAAAAAUGUUUUGCAUUUGUUCAUGGAUAUGAAAAAAUACUUGAAACUAAAUUUCCUAGUGCCUUUAAAAUAUACCGAGUUUUUUCUGUUGGUACUAAAGAUCUAUAUAAUGAUAUCAAGGAAUAUAUUAGAAUCUCAUCUGUACUUAGCAAUGGUAAACAUGUGCGAGAUUUACAAAGAAAGGAGCUUGAAACAUAUUUUCAGGUCCCUAAAGAUUUAAUGAAAGUUGCCCCUGUUCUGGUGCUUGCUGCUCUUCCAUUUGCUAAUUAUGUCAUUUUACCUGUGAUAUACUUAUUUCCUCGAAAAUGUCUGUCCUCACAGUUUUGGACUUUACAACAAAAAGUGGACUUUGCCGUUAAGUAUCAAAAGAAAAGACUCUAUCAUUACAGACCUGUUUUUAGGCAAUUACAAGCACAAAUUGACACCAUUAACACUGAUGUGCUAAAGAACAAUUGUCAGGAUAUAUUUUAUAAGCUAGGUAGUGGUUUGCAUCCUACAACAGAAGAAAUCAUCAAGUUAAAACCAUUAUUUAUUGAUCAGCCUUACGGUAUAUUUUGUAUUACCAACAAACAUCUUCAUCAUUUAUGCCGGAUGCAUGGUAUUUCUGUACUGCCUGGCAAGCAGUGGAGACUAUGGAAGCAUGCUGGUUUUAUUCGUGAAAUGGACUUGGCAAUGAAAAGGGAAGGCCUGGAAUCAAUGUCCUCUCAUGAGUUGAGAAAUGCAUGCUUUAUGAGAGGUUUAAGUCCGGUGGGUCUGUCAAAAGAAGAAAUGAUGGCCUGGCUUUCCGAUUGGAUUCAAAUUGCAUUAAGUAUAGAAAGUGACAGCUUAUCUCUUCUUUUACAUUGUCCAAUCUUUUUAUCAUACAAUUAUCCAAGCAAUUGGGUAUUGAUUCAUUAAUGUAGCAUUUCAAAUUAGCCAUUCUGAA